AUGAAGUCCGUCUCCGAACUCUUCGGCGACAGGAAUGACGUUGCCGUCACCGCUGCGGCCGCAGUGGCCGUGAGCUUGGGGCUGUCACUGCUGCUCCACAGCACCAAGAAGAGCAAGAAGCCUGAAGGUGUGCGUCUGCCGCCGAUGCCCAAGACCACGCUCCCCAUUCUCAAGAGUCUGUUCGACGCUGGCGGCAACGUCGCGCGCUUCCACGACUGGCUCAACGAGCAGUCCAUCGAGUUCGACCACCGUCCGUGGAUGUACUCGAUCCCCGGCCGUCCCGUGACCAUCGUGCUGACGUCGCCCGAUACCAUUGAGGAUGCUCUUUCAACGCAGAACGACGUGUUCCUGCGCGGACCCGUGGGCCAGUACAUGAGCGAAGACAUCUUCGGCAACGGCAUGAUCAUUGCGGACGGCGACCCGUGGUAUUACCACCGCAAGACGUCGAGCCACCUCUUCUCCAUGCAGAUGAUGAAGGACGUCAUGGAGGCCACCGUUCGUGAGAAGCUCGAGGUCUUCCUGGAUGUGCUGGACAUCUACCACAAGCGCGGCCAGUCGUUCAGCGCCAAGCAGGAGCUCCUCCACUUCACCAUGGACGUCAUCGCCAAGAUCGGCUUCGGCCUGGAGCUGGACACGCUGAAGGACGGCCCUCACCGUGAUGAGGACCACGAAUUCCAGGAAGCCUUCGACCAGGCUGCUGUCGCGUACGCCGUCCGCGUUCAGUCACCGCUGUGGCUCUGGGAGAUCAAGAGAUACUUCAACAUCGGCUGGGAGAAGGUCUUCCGCGAUAACACCACGAUCCUGCACAACUUCAUCGACGAGGUGAUCACGCAGUCCAUGAAGAAGAAGGCGGAGCUGGCGGCCAAGGGCGAGAAGAUGGUGGCCAGAGACCUCAUCACGCUCUUCAUGGAGAGCACGCUCCGCGAGAAUCAGGACAUGCACAUCGAGGACGACGACGCCACCAUUAUGCGAGAUAUGGUCAUGACCAUGAUGUUUGCGGGCCGAGACUCGACGGCGCACAGCAUGUGCUGGUUCAUCGUCCACAUGAACCGCUACCCGGAGAUUUUGGAGAAGAUCCGUGAUGAAAUGAAGGAGAAAUUGCCUGGACUCCUCACGGGUGAGAUCAAGGUGCCCACGCAGGAGCAGCUCCGCGAGCUCGUGUACCUGGAAGCCGUCAUGAAGGAGAACAUUCGGUUGAUCCCGUCCACGGGAUUCAUCGCGCGCGAGGCCAUGAGGGACACCACGUUGGUGGACGGCACUUUCGUCGGCAAGGGUCAGACCAUCAUGGUCUCGUCCUACUGCAACGCGCGCAACGCUGACAACUGGGGCGAAGACGCGAGCGAGUUCAAGCCCGAGCGCAUGAUCGACCCCAAGACGGGCAAGCUGCGCGUGCUGUCCCCCUUCGUGUUCAGCCCGUUCGGCUCGGGCCAGCACGCCUGCAUGGGUCAGAAGUUUGCUAUGAUGCAGAUGAAGCUGACGCUGGCCACGCUGUACAGCAAGUACGACAUCAAGACCGUCGAGGACCCGUGGAAGCUCACGUAUGAGUUUUCUCUCACGAUUCCGGUCAAGGGCCCGCUGGACAUUGAAGUCACGCCUCUGAGUCCUCUGAUGGCGUAG